AUGGAUGUAAGGAAGCAGCUGUAUCUGCAAUGUUUGAAUAGGGAAUUUGCCCAGGUUCUGGCAAAGGUGAGGGGUAUGUCUACUGAAUCACUGGAUUAUAACUUCCUACAAAUGUACUUAGGUCGGAGUUGCCAAUGGGCUCAUGUACCUUCAAUUGACUACCUAUGGAUGCGAUUUGUGAUGAAGGAGCCCCUGCUUCUUGUUAGGCCCCAGGUGCUUUGCGAUAUGGCUACCAUUGCGCUCAAUAACGAUAAGGGGUUUUUGCCGUCACAAUUGUUGAAGCAUUACACUAUGAACUAUCUCAAUAAGAGGCAUAUCUCCUUUGAUGAUCCAGUGUUAUACCAUCUGAAUAGAGUUAAAGUAGAGAGCUUCGCAAAAGGUACCAAGGAUAGGACAACAUUCAUGGAAAAAUGGAAAGUGUUCUUGCAGGAUAUAGAUGACAAGUUUCCAACUAGCUAUAAAUUUAGGAUACGAGAUUACAUGAACUUAUCACAAGCCUCUAGAACUGCCACUCAAGAAAGACUAGGGUCCAUGCUUUUCGACCAAGACCAGAUCACUAUAAAGAACCCGACUUCAAUGUCACUGCUCUUGAACAUAAUUUUACUCCAUAAGGGUAUCUCAACGGACUACAAACUAGCAAUAUUUGAACAGUUCCUAAGAUCAUCUAAUGGAGCAGCAUUGAUUGAUGACUCAAUACAAAUCCUACUGAGAUUAGUUGACGGCAAUAGUUCCCAGCUCCGGAAUCUGCUGGAAACUCUGAAGAGUGUUGACGUUAAAAUCUCAGCCACCACUUGCAAUGAAAUUGACAGCUGUAAGGCCAAAUUGCAAUAG